CCGCGAUGACGAAUGCUCAAGCCCAACGUGAUCAAUUCGAUCACUUCGAUCCCCCCCACAACUUCACUAGCCCCCUCGUUUUAACCAUUAUCGUUCGUCAUGCACUUUUGAAUUUGCACUCUUGACCGACCAACGCAUUGCUACUUAGUAUGGUAUUUGUGGCCCCUACCCUCCAACCCGAACACGGCUACAUCAUUCUCGUGGUGGUGCUGGUGGCCUUUGUGAAUCUGUGGGCGGGCUUCAAAGUUGGGGCUGCCCGCCGUCUCUAUGGUAUUGCGUACCCCCAGAUGUACGCCGAAACCAAGGACGAGCACUUUUUAGCGUUCAACUGCGUCCAACGCGCUCACCAAAACGUGCUGGAGAACCUCCCCACUUUCUUAUCCCUCCUCUUCGUGUCGUCAGUGUACCGACCGCUGUGGGCUGCCAUCGCUGGCCUCGUUCGCGUCAUUGGGUUCAUUGUGUACAUCCACUUUUACUCGUCUGGCGACCCCGCCAAGCGCCAAUACGGUGCUUUCGGCUACAUCGGAUUGCUUACCCUGGUGGGACUGUGCUUUGAAGCUGCGUUCCGCCUCAUCACCGAAUAAACGUAAUAGUGACUUGGUUCAUUGGGAGGUCUCUGGUUUGUGGCUUACGAUAAGCUACUGCACCAAAUCGGCAGACAAUCGAUCGACCAAUCAAAACCCUGAACACGAAGCAACUGGCCAAUUAAGUCCUCUCUUCGAGCAAUUAACAUCGAAUUAGUGUAUGGAUACAAUUAGUGUGAUGUCGUACAACUCAUAAUUCACAGUCAAUUCAAACAAUCGAUCGAUAGAUUUGGCGAAUCAGCACAAAAGUCCAAAU